GACAAAUCUGUGGACUGUGUCGUCGGAGGAAGUACCAGCAAUUUUCUUCGCUCGCCCGCUCCCAUUCGUGCCUGGGUAUAUUGCAGCCUUCUCGCCGAACAUCGCCUCUUUCACCACCCCGAGAAUGCAAACAUGGACGCAGAGUCAGAUGAGCAGCCCUCUUCGAAAGCACACCUCACGCGUCUGAGGCUUGCUCUGGGGCCAUACACCAUCCACUUCACCGACCCGGGCUACAUCAAGGAUGAGACGAUGCGGAUGUUGGAGCUAAACGUCUGUAAAAAGACGCUCGAGGAUACACGGAGGAAUUUUGAGCUUCGCGAGGAACUAGGCCUAUCCUACCAGUUCUGGGAUGACCUUGCUGGUGUCAUCAAAGCUUCGAUACCCUCACUCGAACGUCGCUCCUUCGCUGCACCUGACCCCGCCACCCCAGAAUACGAAGGACUCUCAGGACCCCUCAUCGCGUCAUUCUCCUCCAGCCUGCUGAAGGAUUUAGAGAGAUUAAAUCAGAUAGUGUCAAUAGCCCGGAACGUGCUCACAUGUGGCGAGAAGGCGCAAAAUCUUGGAGCAGACCGGCUUUUCGAUAAAGAUAUAUUUGCGUUGAUCAAUGUGUGUGUACGAGUGACUGCAAGAGGGUACGAUGGCGAGGCAGGAACACAGGAGGAAGACAAAUGGCAGAACGUCAUCAACGCCUACAAGAAGCUGCUCAUCACCUGCCUCCAGUUCCUCAACAAUCUCAUUGCACGAAAUGAGCAGCGGAAGUUAAUGCUCUGGAUCGAGCUCUUUGACAGCCACCUUGAGAACGAGCUACCAAAUUUUUCAGACAUGAAGUAUAAGAUGGACAUGUUUCCACAUUACGACCGAACCAGUAAAUCCAAAACAGAUCCCACAAGCAGUGGCCAAAGGGCCGGUAAUGGACUAGAAUCUUUCAGGAUUCCCCAGCAACCUGCAUCUUCACCAUUCCUUCUCUAUAUUGGCGAGAUAGGCCCAGAAGUAAAGAAGUUCCUUGCUCAGCAAGGCGAGAAGACAGGAGCCACCGAGAUUGCUGCCGAAUGUAGGAGACGGUGGCAGACUAUGGGUGAGGAGGAGAAGAAUAAAUGGAAUAUGCUCUACGCCGACGUUGUCGCUAGAUAUCGGGAUGAAAUCACCCAGUCCAGCGCAUAUAAGAAAGUCGUGGACCAGCAUGCCAAGAAUGAGGAGAGCGUCCAGGCUCUUGCACAGAGCAUCAACCAACUUCAGGUGGAAGUCGAUCGGAUGCGGUCGUCAGUCAUUGCUUCUCCAGACUCUUCCAAGGCCGACCCAUCAAAGGCCGCAAAAUCGGAAGACAAGCGGCCGGUGAGACCUUCAGUAGAUGACUCAAUAUUCGAUCCCACGAUCCGACGAUCUUCUCCCGCAGGCGACAAUGACUUUCGUGUAACUUACCCACCAUCGUUUGGCGCUGAAAUCCUCCAGAACGGCAAGGAGGACCUGCUGAAGCGCCUCGAGCCCGAUCCCGAUCGCCCAGCGGCCGCACUAACAACGGAGGUAGCGUCUCCAACUUCGCCUCCUGCUGAGGAAGAUGAUAAUGACGAUGAAUACGAUGAUAUUCCCGGAGAUGAUGGUCGUGGCCUACUUACUGACGUUCCACUUAUUCUUGGUCCUACCGAAAUCGAGGUCUUGCCGAUGAUUAUUAUGGCCGGUAUUGUCGAGCCCACUGAAGGCCAGUCUGGUUAUCACGCCGAUCCAACCGUCUUCAGUAGCAUCAGAAGCAUGCAUAGUGUGCGAUGCCAUCUUCUCUUAGCCCAAGACAACGGACGAAAUCUCCUCCGAGAGCUUUUGAUAUUUGUUGCAGCCUGGGACCUGCGUGAAGAGGAACUUUACUUCAAAUUCAUGGUCAAGAUCAUGGAAGCAAUUCUGGCUAACCAGCUAUUGCCAUUCGCGUACCACGCCUUCCGAGAAUCAGAGUCAAAAGAUAUCAUCUCCCCAGCACAGGCAGUCAUUAUGAAGCUCUUGACCAACAUAUUCCGAGCACGCCAGGCUCGGACACCAUCCAGAAACCCGCUAAAACCAAGUUUGACGCAAGUAGACCAGGGAGAUGCUCACAUGGUCAACUUCCUUCUCACCGAGUUCCGACGACAUAUUAUCCCCCAGACCUGCGCACUCAUUUUUCUACAGGGACAGAUAAGAGCUGGAAAUGCACAGCCCGAUGACUUUCCCCUGAACUUGUGGGAUAUGGAGAGGAUGUACGAGGGUGUAUAUCAGUACUUGGAAUUCUUUGCUAUUCUCACAGAACACGAAAUCUGGAAGAAUAUGCUCAGCAACUGGGAAGUCGCCAACGAGCUCGUAACCCUCCUCAAAGAACUUGACGCCGCGAUUCCCAAGGGCCAACUAGCCGUCCCACCGCUCGCAACGGGAGCCAAAACCCCCGCACAGGCACAAAAUCCCCAAGAUGAAAAUCUCCCUCAGCCCGUCGCUGUCGAACGACCUUACGAUACCUCGGCCGGAGCCGCCGCGCCAGAAGGCUACAUGCCCUCGCCUCGUCCAUACAUUGAUGAAGCGCAAGACGAGCCGUCGGACUUUGAAUGGCGAAACCUCAAGAAACUCGCAGUUCUGGUUCUCUCGUCCCUUGUCUGGAAGAACCGCCAGGUGCAGGACCAAAUCAGACCACUGGGUGGUAUUGAAGCUGUGCUCAAUUGCUGCAGCUACGAUGAACAUAAUCCGUAUAUCCGCGAACACGCUAUCAUGUGUCUGCGCUUCCUUAUGGAAGGGAAUCGAGAGAACCAGGAUCGGAUUCGCGCGCUUGAACGGUAUGAGAAGGAAAACGCCCCUUCUUCCCCUUCUCCUCCACCACCACCGGCAUCUGCAAUCGACUCCUUCACCCAACCAUCAACUACCGCCACCGCCACAACCAACAAAAUCAAGGUUAAAGUACCCGACGAAGUCCUCGACCAACAAGGUUACGAAACCUACAUGGAUAACAAAGGCCAAGUGAUGCUGCGAAAACGCGAAGCAAAACCUCCAACCCAAGUGGCCCCCCAAUCAUCCACAUCUCAAGGAAAGGCGAAGCUAGAGACUAGGGAUCCAAAGGAUUUAGAGCAGUUGGUGCAGCAGGUUAUGCGGGAGUUGCCAGCGAGAGUGCAGGGCGUUAGGCUUGAUGCGGAGAAGGCAAGUGCAGCGGCGCUGGCGAAGUUGGAUCGCGGGUUUGAUGGGGGAAAGGGCUGAGAGAGGAUACUUGGACAGAUGGUCCAUAAAGACUAAUGGAGGCUAAGAAGGAUCGAGCUCGAGGUGGAAGCAGCUUUGAACGGACCGUACCGGGUCGUCGAAGCUUCGAGCCCCGGCUUCGAGGGGUGAGGGGGUGGGGCUCUUUGGAAGAAGAGAAUGUUGCAUCAGGUCAGUUAAACGUCCUGCAUGUCGCUGUUUGGCUAUUGCUGAGAUGGCCGGAAAUG